AUGUCAAUAACAAAACUUUCCACUGAAAUAUUUCUUCGAAUUACGGGUUUUCUGUCAAAGAAAGACAUUGAUUCUGUAAAUCUUUCUUGCAAAGAUUUAAAUGGAUAUCUUGAAGAAACCACUUGGAAAAAAAUUGCUUUGAACGAUAUUUCCCUGCGUGUAAAUGAAUUCCCUCCAACCGUUUACCAGGCUCUUUUAUACCAGUAUGGAUAUCUCACAAAAGAAUUAUAUCUGAAAACCAAAGGUCCUGAUGAUAAUUGGUCAAUUCAAUCCCUUCAGUACAUUUUCCCGAAUCUGCAAUGUCUCCGCCUAUAUGGAUCAUGCCUGCCUACUUGCGAUAACAGUACCAAAUUAGAAUGUACCAACUGGAAAUAUUUAGUCGAGUUUGAUUGCAGUGUGUCUUCUAGUUGCAAAAAUGAUCCAUACACCUACGAAGACUUGGUUAAAAUUUUUCCUUUUGUGCAUCGUAUUGAGAAAUUGCGUAUAUACCGUACCCGAAAUAGGGUGUUCCAUGAGCACACCUUGGACUUUAUGCAGACCAUUCAUGAUAACUUUAAACGCUUGAAAACAUUACAGACGGACCUCAAGCUUGUCCCUUUUGAAACAGACGAUUUGCAACGAAUUACAAAAGUUGACCCGUCAGAUGAGUUGACCUGUUUCGUUUUACAGGCUAACUUUCUAAAAAUGCAAUGGCUAGGAUAUUUUACUAGAAAGUAUCCGAAUAUACGCAUACUUGAAUUUAAAGAUGUAUUUUAUAAGGCUAUGAAGCCAGAAAAUGUACCAAGUCAACUGGUCUUGGAACCCAUCAAAUUUCAAGGAAUCGAACACCCGUUUUCUCACUUGGAGCAAAUAACCAUAUCUUCAGCGGCUAUAAGCCUUAAAUUUACUGUCACACUUUGGAAAUCCAUUGAACGCCUUGAUAUUCCUCUCAAGCACAUAUACCAUCCUGCUCUUGUUGACCUUCAAAUUGAAAAUUCAAUAUUACCGAUCCAUCUUGAUGUUGUUCUGAACUUCUGUCCGUCACUUAAGAAACUACGACUUGUAGAUUCGGAUAUAUCUAUCGGGGCAGAAACAUUAGAAAAACCAACGAUGCAUGGACUUCAGAUCGUCGAAAUCAAGGGAUUCUUUGUGUCAAAAAGUGUUUUCGAAUACGUAUCUUACAAUUGUAGAAGCCUAGAUUAUAUGAACAUGAAAUGCCCAUUUCUACAUAGGCCUAUAUCCGAACGAUCACGGAUCAUAAAUAUCGACAUGUCCUUCUCGAACCUUAAGGCACUCUAUGUCUGUGUGAAAAGGCUUAUUCCACCGAAUGAGAAUCACGACGGUUCCAAGGAGUCAGACGAGGACGCACAUGGGGAUUCAAAUGUGCCUUUGACUUUAGCUCCUCACGAAAAAGUACAAAACAACAAAAGCAGGACGUUUAUUUACGCAACUAUGAGUCAUCAAGACAAAAUACUUAAGCUAGAUACGUCGUAUCUAACCCAGGAAGAGAUCGAAGAAUUUGAAUAUCAUCUCCACAGCUAUACAAUCAAUGAUGGUUUAUCUCAUAAAGGAAUGGAUAAACUUAUCGACCGAGUAUUCAUCGAUAGAAAUACUACCUAUCCCCUCAGAUACAUUCACAUAAGGUGCCGAAAUAUAGCUGAUUUCUUUCUGGAGGAUAUAGAUGGAUUAAUUGGGUUUGGCUCUUCUUGGGAUAAACUGUAUAAAUCUAUCUAG